UCCAGGCAAUCAUUCCCAAUAAAUCUUGAUCGGGACGUUUGCCAGGUUCCAGGAGGGAGGAAAUGGAUUUCCUGUUGUUUUCAGCCACUACUACAUGGACUUUAGUGGCCCUUGCUGUCACUCUGUUGUUACUGUAUGGAGUCUGGCCUUACAGGUUUUUCAAACAGGUGGGCGUUUCCGGUCCGAGGCCCCUACCUUUCAUUGGGACCCUGUACGGCAUCAGACAGGGCCUUCAGUUUGACAGUGACAGCAGGUCCAGGUAUGGGGAUGUCUGGGGUCUGUUUGAGGGGCGAACCCCGGUGCUGAUGGUGGCUGACCCUGAGAUGAUAAAAGCCAUUUUGGUGAAGGAGUGCUACACUGCAUUUACAAACCGCCGGGUCAUCGUUGAACAGAAUGGCCCUCUGUACGACGCAGUCACAGCGGUGAAGGAUGAAAGGUGGAAGCGAAUUCGCAGCUCCAUAUCUCCAUGUUUCACCAGCGGAAGACUGAAGGAGGUUUUCCCCUUGGUUGCUCGCUUCGCAGAUCGCUUCAUUGCGAAGCUCGGAGAGAUGAACCUGGACGAGCCCGUCCUUGUCAAACAACUCAUUUCGCCAUACAGUUUGGACGUGGUGACCAGCGCCUCCUUCAGCGUGGAGAUGGACUCCAUCAACAACCCCGACGACCCUGUGAAAGUUCACAUGGAGAAGCUCAUGAAAAUCAACUUCUUGCCUUUCCUUCUCUCCGCAAUCUUUCCUCCCAGUCAUUACCUGCUGCAGCUCUUCAAGGUUGAGAUGAUGCCCACAUCCAGUUUGGACUUUUUUCACAACAUCAUUAAGAAAUUUAAAGACCAGCAUAGCGCAGAUGUGUCGACUCGUGGAGAUUUCCUGCAGGCGAUGAUCCAGAGUGAGAUCCCAGAAAGCGACAUAAAGAGCCAACAUGAGCAACCGAGUAAAGGUCUGACUGAGCACGAGAUCCUUUCCCAGGCCACGAUAUUCAUCGUCGCUGGCUUCGACACGACCAGCAGCACCCUGUCCUUCCUCCUUUACAACCUGGCCAUCUACCCUGACAUCAUGCGGACGCUGCAGAAAGAAAUCGACGACCGGCUCCAGCAUAAAGCUUCCAUCUCCUACGAGGACCUGAACAGUCUGGAGUACCUGGACCAGGUUCUGUGUGAGUCGCAGCGAAUACUCCCCACUUUGCCUCGACUUGAGAGGAUAUGCAAGAAGACGAUGGAGAUUAACGGCAUCACCAUCCCAGAGGGAACGUUGGUUGCGAUCCCAGCGCAUCUGUUGCACAAGGAUCCGCGGUACUGGAGCUCGCCCGAACUCUUCGUACCAGAGAGGUUCAGUAAGGAGAAUGAGAAGGAUCUGAACCCGUACGCGUACAUGCCCUUCGGACUCGGCCCGCGUAACUGUGUCGGGAUGCGAUACGCCAUCCUGGUCAUGAAGAUGCUCGUCGUGCGCAUCCUGCAGAAAUACUCUGUGGAAACGUGCAGAGACACUUUGAUCCCCAUUCAGUUCGACUGGAAGUUCCAGCCAGUCAAGCCUGUGACGCUGAAGUUUGUUCCCAGAGAACUGUAAUGGAAGAGUUUUGGGAGUUUUUUAAUAAUCCAAAUGGAUGAUUGGUUCUGAAUGCCGUGUGAUUUCGCCACUGCUGAGAUUUUCAGAAUGCUGCAUAAAGUUCUUCACUGCUUUUUCCCCCUCAAAAAUACUUUAUUAACCCUGAAGGAAAAUUAAAUGUUGUAACUCACUUAGAUCCUUCAGUUACAGAAGAGAACAUCCUGACUUAAAAAUAAUUAUGUAAAACCUGAUGGUUUUUAAAUAAUCAACAUUUCUUGGAAUCAAAAAUGAGGACUUCUAGUCAUAAAAAAUACAUAUGUAUGUAAAUCAGUCAUAAAUAGCAGUAAUAACCUUUCAUUUGACAUUUUAAACCCAAUUCUGUGUUUCUGCUACACGUAGCUGAUGUGUGUAGUUGUUUAAAAACAAAUUCUUUAACAAAAUGAAUGACGGAAAAAUUAUUUUUUUAUUAACCAAAAACGUUUCUGUCAACAUAUAGGCCCCAGAUUUCAAUGAAACUAAAAAGUAAAAACUACAGCUGCUUGUGAAUAGAUGGACAGUUUCUUUCUUUUUUUAUAUUUCCAAUAGGUUCAGCAGAGCUGGACACAAAAGACAGACAAAAAGUGAGACGGGUAAAUUCCAUCUACAUACGUGAAUGAAAACAUAAGGCUUUAUUGGUAUUUUUUUUUUUUUUUGUGCAACUAAAUAAGUAUAAUUUAUUGUCAGUUAAACUAUCACAACAUAAAAACCAGGAGUGAUAUACUGUUUUACUUGAAUAUUCAGAUAGGAUCCAGCUGUGUUGGGCUGUAUUAAAAUCUCUGGGGGAAAAAUAAUAAUAAUUACUGUGAAACAGAUUUCUGGGGUUUCCUGAUUUGCAUUAAAUUCAAAUUUUACUAUGGAACAUUUGUAGUAAAUUUCACAUUCAUGUUAACAUCUUGAUGAGUUAACAUUUACAGGGUGAAAUAUUUAUUCACAUCAAAGCCAUCUUUAGCUAAUUUCCUUAUUUGAUUUUUUUUUUAAAGGAUAAUCUUAACUUGUACCAUAUACAAAAAAAUUUCCCCAAACCAGUCAUUGCUUUUCAGGAAACCCCAGUAGCUCUAAAAAAAGAGUGUCCAGCAGAGGGCGCCAAAGUGGUGUACUCGUUAAAACAGCAGUUGCAUUACUGAUAAAGCUCUGAUUUUGUCCUGCCGCACAAAGUUUCUGACAAAAUACCUUUGCUUGACCUUUUCUUCUGUAACAUGUUCAUUUAUAAUAAACCUAAAAUAUUCAAAUUACAUCUGGGUGCCAGAGCACCAAAGCAAAGGAAACUCAAAUGAUUGAGCUGGGGAAAAACAAGAAAAGAAUUCAGUCCCUUAAAAAUAAUACUUGACAAAAACUUGCAAACAGUGCUACAUUUGUAAAGGUGUCCAAGUAUUUAUGUGGUGGAGGAAGAUGUGGCCCAGAAGUUAGCUCGAUGCUAAUCAGUUUCGAAAAGAGACUCCUGCACACUGAAAAAGAGAAAAGUACAGAUACAAAAACAAAAUUGUUUUGAAGAGUGGAAUACAAAACUGAGCAACUACUGCUUUAGAAAAAGAAAUGACAUAAAACGUGUAAAAAAGAAAGAAAAAAGUUCAAACUACAAAGCCUUUAAGAGUCCUGAGUUUGUCGAAAAAUAAACAAAGCUGACCAAAGGCCAGAAUUUCAUAAAAAUCAGAAUACAGCAGAACAGGAUUUGUCAGAAACGGUGAGUCCAAACGUCCGACCAGCACGCCUGCGGCUCUGGCUUUGGAGCAGAACUCGCCCUGCGGUAGUUAAAUCCCAUUGCUCUUUGAGGAAAAUUAGCACCUUCCUGUGAAAUGCAAAGCUCUUACUUUUAUUAUUUUUGUCAGUGUGAUGAUGAACAUGUGUGGCAUAAAAACCCCUCAACACA